AUGGCCAUUAGAAAUAAUAUUCUUGGCAAGUUCUUGCAUCUCUUCAUCUUGAAUUGGGUGAUCCAUUUGCUUUCUAACUUGAAGAUUAUUGCCGCCAUGGACUCAAUUCUAUCCGAUCUCGCCAAGGCCCUGCCCGAGCCUCUAUGCCAGAUCAUUACACCAAUUGGGAUGUUAGGCUAUGGGUUUAAUAUGGCGGAUGUCGAAUACGGCCUUCAAUUAAGCUUCCAAAAAGACACUCCGACUGCGAUAAUUCUGGACUCUGGAUCGACGGAUUCUGGCCCAGCAAAACUUGCAUUAGGUACCAUGACUUGCCCUCGGUCGGCCUACGAGAGAGAUCUUAGCCAACUGAUCCGGAUUGUGCGACAAUAUCAUGUUCCUUUAUUGAUCAGCUCGGCCGGGGGCGAUGGAAGCGAUGCGCAUACCGACGAGUUCCUAGAUAUUAUCCGCGACAUUCUCAAAGCCUCCGACUCCAGCGACCAACAUAGCUUAAAGGUUCUGUCAAUUUAUAGUGAGACGAGCCGAGAGUGGCUAUUGCAGCACCUCGAAGCUGGCAGGGUAUCUGGUUGCGGCCCAUGUGUCCCUGUUCUCACUGUGCAGGAUGUUGAAGCCACUCCAACUAUUGUUGGCCAAAUUGGUCCCGAGCCUAUGUUGCAAGCAAUGGCUGCCCAUCCCGACUUCGACAUUUUGGUUGCCGGAAGAGCGUAUGACCCGAGCCCUUACGUGGCAUUCUGCGCCUUGCAUUCUUUCAAGAAAUCCUACAGCAAAGUUGUAGAUUUGAGCCCCACAGCACUUGGUGGAUUCACGCAUAUGGGUAAGCUCAUGGAGUGUGGAGGAGCAUGCGCGACUCCCAAGUGUGCGGCCUCCAUGGCAGCCAUUUACCGUGAUGGAUCCUUUGACAUACGCCCCUUGGCUUCUGGCUCACGUUGCACCACCACGACUGUUGCUGCGCAUGCUCUAUACGAGAAGUCUCGGCCAGAUGUUCUAUAUGGUCCUGGAGGCUAUCUCGAUCUAACCACUGCGACCUAUUCUGUUCUAAAAGAUGGCAUCUCCGUCCGCACCAGUGGCUCUAUCUUCAAGGUUUCCAAGCAUGAAAGCAUUCCUUACACGAUAAAAUUUGAAGGAGCCAAGGUCACCGGAUAUCGCACUAUCUUUAUGGGAUCCUUUUGCGAUCCAAUUUUGAUUCAGCAGCUUCCGUCACUUUUGACUCGCGUGAAGGCUUAUGUUGCCCAGCAACAUUCUCAAAUCAAUGAUGCAUGGUCAUUAGACUUUCAUAUAUAUGGCUUUGAUCCGAAAAGGCCGGCGGAACUCCUAGGGGAGGUCUUUCUUGUUGGUGAGACACUAGCCGAAACCCAAACUUUAGCAACAAGUGUUGCUUCAUCCGCACGUGUCGCAUGCGUCCACGGUCCAUAUGAGGGUCAAAAAGCAACGAGUGGAAACUUUGGUAUGGGGAUCGGUGGGAAACUGGAGAUCGAGAUGGGGGCUUGCAAUGAGUUCUCAGUAUAUCACUUGGUGGAGCUUCAGGAUGGCCAGGAAGAGGCAGAAGAAUUUCAGCAUGUCAUGGAGCCAGGGGAUACAGAAGGGGCCGCGAGGAAGUUUAUCAGAUGGAAGAUGCGCUUACUGGGAGACGGGCCUCGACUAGAAAAAUCUGAUUGCCAAUUCCUGGAGAUAAAAGAUGAAAAUGAGCGAUCAAACGCGAAUACUACUGGUUCGAGAGUGCAAAAGGCUGCAUCUUCGGCAAAUCCCAAAACUCUUGGCGAUAUUUCCAGCGUUAUCCGAUCGAAAAAUGCAGGUCCGUACGAAAUUACACUCGACGUGAUGUUCGACGAUGCAGCAGCCUAUCACCAGAUCAAGGAAUCCGGACUCCUGACACCUGAGCGUAUGGCUGAGCUUUACGGCAUUGCGGUUGCGGAUAUCGUGUGGUCUGGUUUCUUUGACCCAGCGCUGGCAUUUAAAGCUACAAUCCCCCGCCGAAGACAUGGACAGCUACAAUCAUCGGGGGGAUUUAUGGAGAAUGAUGUGCAUGGAUCACAGAAUCAUUUGCCUCUAAUGAAUUUGUCAAUUGGAAGCUAUCUUUAG